AUGCACAAUGUGCAUCAACAAAAUCAGAAUACUCUUCAAUCUGUUGAUAGAUCCGGUCAGCAUUCUUCAACCACAGUCUCGUCUGUGGCAAAGUCUCUUCUCCCUACAAAGAGGAGGCUCCGUCUUGAUCCAACCAACAAGCUCUACUUUCCCUAUGAACCUGGUAAGCAAGUUAGGUGUGCAAUCGCAAUUAAAAACACUUGCAAGUCUCAUGUAGCUUUUAAGUUUCAAACAACAGCACCCAAGAGUUGUUAUAUGCGUCCUCCAGGUGGUAUUCUAGCCCCUGGUGAAAGUAUAGUUGCCACUGUAUUCAAGUUUGUGGAGCCACCGGAGAACAAUGAAAAACCACUUGAUCAGAAUAGCAAGGUUAAGUUCAAAAUCAUGAGCCUAAAAGUGCAAGGUGAAAUUGACUAUGUACCGGAACUGUUUGAUGAGCAAAGAGAGCAAGUGGCAACAGAGCAAAUUCUGCGGGUUAUUUUUGUGGACCUUGAGAGGCCUAGUCCUGUACUGGAUAAGCUCAAACGGAUGUUGGCUGAGGCUGAUGCUGUAGUUGAAGUGCGAAGAAAACCGCCGGAGGAGAAAGGUACCGGAGUUGCUGGGGAAGGUCUUGUUAUAGAUGAAUGGAAAGAAAGAAGAGAAAAAUACUUGGCCCAACAGCAAGUCCAAGGUGUUGAUUCAGUGUAA